GAUCUCACAGGAACCAUGGGCAGACUGGGCACGCCUUUCUCCGACCAUUUGCCAGAUUCCAUAGGUGGGCCCUUCCCAGCCUCUUCUCACCGAUGCCACCACAAGCAAAAGCACUGCCUGCCCAUCCCCCAGUGUGGGACCCUCCCCCUCAGCCCGCUGCUCUUCCACCCCCAUACCAAGGGCUCCCAGAUCCUCAUGGACCUGACCCAGAAGGCGGUGAAGAGGCAGGCAAGCUUCUGCAAUGCCAUCACCUUCAGCAACCGGCCCGUCGUCAUCUACGAGCAAGUCAGGCUCAAGAUCACCAAGAAGCAAUGCUGCUGGAGUGGGGCCCUCCGGCUGGGCUUCACCUCCAAGGACCCGUCCCGGAUUAACCCCGACACACUGCCCAAGUACGCGUGCCCGGACCUGGUGUCUCAGAAUGGUUUCUGGGCCAAAGCCCUGCCAGAGGAGUUUGCCAACGAAGGGAACAUCAUCGCCUUCUGGGUGGACAAGAAGGGUCGGGUCUUCUACCGGGUGAACGACUCAGCAGCCAUGUUAUUCUUUAGCGGAGUACGCACCACAGACCCCCUCUGGGCCCUCAUCGAUGUCUACGGCCUGACCCGUGGUGUGCAGCUGCUAGAGAGUGAGAUCAUCCCACCAGAUUGCCUCCGCCCCCGCUCCUUCACUGCCAUCCGCCGCCCCUCGCUGCGGCGCGAGACCGAGGACACCCGACUCUCCGUCAGCCUGUGCGACCUCAACGUGCAGGAGGACGGCUUCCAGGUGAUGGCCACCGUGUGCCCCAUCCCGCAGAACUCGCUCAACAACCAGCACUCCCACCUCCUCCCGUCGCAGCUGGAGAGUGACCUGCGCUUCCACCAGCUGCGGGGCGCCCACAUCAAGAUCCUGGAUGACCAGACGGUGGCCCGCCUGGAACACGCCCGGGAGGAGAGGACUUUGGUGUUCACCAGCCGGUCCCUGCGCAUCAGCGAGACCAUCUUCGUCAAGAUCAACAAGUCGAGCGCCUCGCGGGCCGGCACCCUCUCCUACGGGGUCACCACGUGUGACCCGGGGACUCUGCGGCCCAGCGACCUCCCCUACAACCCAGAGGCGCUGGUAGACAGGAAGGAGUUCUGGGCCGUGUGCCGGGUGCCCGUGGCCCUGCAGAGCGGAGACAUCCUGGGCUUUGUGGUGAACUCCGACGGGGAGCUGCACCUGAGCCACAACGGGGCCAGUGCCGGCAUGCAGGUGUGCGUGGACUGCUCCCAGCCCCUCUGGAUGUUCUUCAGUUUACAUGGAGCCGUGACCCAGAUCCGCGUCCUGGGUUCCACCAUUCUGGCCGAGCGGGGGGGCCCAUCCCUCCCCAGUUCCCCGACCUCGACGCCCACGUCCCCUACCGUCCUCUGCAACGGGCUCUCGGACCCCAUUCUCAGCAUCUACAGCUCUGGCCCGCUGUGCAGCUCCAUUGGCGGCACGGCUCCAAAUUCCCCAGUCAGCAUGCCCGAGUCUCCCCUCUCCCCCUCGGUGUCCGGGUCGUGGAGCGACGAAUGCACCAUCUGCUAUGAGAACAUGGUGGACACGGUCAUCUAUGCCUGCGGCCAUAUGUGUCUCUGCUACCCAUGUGGCUUGAGGCUGAAGAAGAUGGUCAAUGCCUGCUGCCCCAUCUGCAGACGGGCCAUCAAGGAUAUCAUCAAGACUUACCGCAGCACCUAGCCCCUUUCUCAGCACACGGCUGAAGGGGCGGGGGCGAGGGAGGGUU